GUUCUCUGCGUUUGGCCCUGCGGGUUUGCGAGCCUGCAUGACCGAGCGUGCGAGGUCUUCUAUCAGAUCAAGGGGGGGAAGGUAGACUACGGCGAGGAGCACAGCCAGAGGUUCGGGCAUGCGAGAUAUGGCAGGCUGUACCCCGGGCUGUUCAGCGAGUGGAGCAGCGAGCGUCCGAUACACAUGCUGGGUCACAGUCUGGGAGGGGCGACAGCGCGGUACCUGCAGCACCUGCUAGAGGCUCGCGCCUUCCCAGGGCAUGCGACAGACGCGAGCUGGAUCCUCUCGCUCUCCUCCCUCUCUGCUCCUCUCAACGGGACCCUCACAACCUACGCGCUGGGCGAGGAGGAAGAUGCGCCCCCUCGGGUCAGACGGCUGAGCCCGGGAAGCAUACUAGGAAGCUUAGUCCACGUGCUCGCCAUGUGCGGGGGUAGGAUGCUGGGGUAUGAGCUGGGGCUGGAGCAGUGGAAGCUGUCGAUGAAGGACGUCGGGGCAGGAGCAGCGAUCAAGAAGCUGGUGCGAUGUCUGUUAGUCCACAGCGACCUUGUGGAGGAGGAAGACAACGCGGCCUACGACACGACGAUCCAUGCCAUGAAGAAACACAACGAGAGCAUGGGAGGAGGGCACGGGUGCUGCUACUACUUCUCCUUCGUUGGAACU